ACGGACACACGUACUUCACAUCGUUCGUUGGAUGGAGAUAUAACGAAACAGUCGUGCAUGGAAAAAACGCACGCUCGAGCGAAGCAACACGAUAGACAAAAACAGCUACGCAGUGUCGAUGUCGCGAGUGAAUAUCCGGGUUAUUAUUCCAACGGGACAAGUCUGGAAGUCUGGAAGCCGAAUCGCGGAGCCAACACGGAAAAUGCAGAACUUCGAUAGCGAAAUAUCAUAUAUUUCCAGCGUCCGGAUCGUCAGACGGCCGUUGCGUUCGAAAGUUGAUUUUUCCACCAGCCGGCGACGGGAAAGAUGUGGGAUGAUCCUCCUCCAGACACCCAUUCCGCGGUUUGGCAAAACUUGCGACCUCACGGCGGCAGAUGCUGUCCCGGGAGAUGCGGUUCCGGCGGACGCAGGAGUACCGGAGGAUCCGGUUCGGGCCGAGCAGGGUCGGCUUGAAGAACUGAGUAGCGAAACAUGGCCGACUCUGACUUCGAAGCGGUUCGGUGCUGCAUUUCUUCAGAAGCUACUUCCAAAUUCCAUCAGGCUCAAGAACAAAAUAUCUCUUCGUAUCAGCGGAACCGAUGGCGAUUUUUACAGCGUGAGGAAAUUUGUAACUUUAAAAUUUGCAAUUACAGAGAGCAUGAGUAGCUCAAUUUUAUAAUAUUAUUCAAGUCAAUUUAUUCUUCGCAUAUUAUAAU